AUGCUGGAGCCGACGACGGAUCGCAUGAGGAGAGUGCUUUCCUACAUGCGAGAGCAUCUAAACGAACAGCUAUCAACAGAGCAUCUGGCAUCAAUUGCUUGCUCAGCUUCCGCCAAUUUGGUCGAGCCUUUCUCUGCUGGAAGCAGGGAAACACCCGCUAAAGCUGUGGAGCGUUUGCGUGUCGAGUCGCGAGCGCGCGUUGAACGUGGGGCGGAACCGAUCGAACUGAUAAAGCACCUCGGUUGGCUUCAAGGAUCCGGAGCGGAUGCGCAGAGCCUUCAUCAGAGUUAUCGGGCACCCUCCUCAAAGCAUCAGACGGCUGGCCGCACAUCAGGGUGU